GAGGAGGAGGCGCUGCGCGGUCAGGUGAAGGACCUGGAGGAGAAGCUGGAGACCCUGAAGAUGAAGCGGACGGAGGACAAGGCCAAGCUGAAGGAGCUGGAGAAGCACAAGAUCCAGCUGGAGCAGCUGCAGGAGUGGAAGACCAAGAUGCAGGAGCAGCAGGCCGAGCUGCAGAAACAGCUCAAGGAGGCCAAGAGGGAGGCAAAAGAGGCUCAGGAGGCGAAGGAGCGUUACGUGGAGGAGAUGUCGGACACGGCGGAUGCGAUCGAGAUGGCGACUCUGGAUAAGGAGAUGGCUGAGGAGAGGGCGGAGUCUCUGCAGCUGGAGGUCGACUCCCUGAAGGAGAAAGUGGACGAGCUCACCAUGGACCUGGAGAUCCUCAAGCAUGAGAUCGAGGAGAAAGGUUCGGACGGUGCGGCCUCCAGUUACCAUGUGAAACAGCUGGAGGAGCAGAACGGGAGACUGAAGGAGGCACUGGUCAGGAUGCGCGACCUGUCGGCGUCAGAGAAGCAGGAGCAUGUGAAGUUGCAGAAGCAGAUGGAGAAGAAGAACGUGGAACUGGACACUCUGAGAGGCCAGAAAGAAAAACUGCAGGAGGAGAUGACGGUGGCAGAAAAGACCAUCGACGAGCUCAAAGAGCAGGUGGAUGCAGCGUUGGGGGCGGAGGAGAUGGUGGAGACUCUGACGGAGAGGAACUUGGACCUGGAGGAGAAAGUCAGGGAGAUGAGAGAGACAGUCACCGACCUGGAAGCUAUAAACGAGAUGAACGACGAACUGCAGGAGAACGCCAGAGAGACGGAGCUGGAGCUGAGGGAGAUGUUGGAUCUGGGCGCCGCGAGAGUCCGAGAGGCUGAGAAACGUGUGGAAGCUGCGCAGGAGACAGUCGCUGAUUACCAGCAGACCAUCAAGAAAUACCGAGAGCUCACAGCUCACCUGCAGGAGGUGAACAGAGAGCUGACCAGCCAGCAGGAGGCCUCAGCGGAGCUGCAGCAGCAGCCGCCUGCAGAGAUGUUUGACUUCAAGAUUAAGUUUGCGGAGACGAAGGCCUACGCCAAG